AACCCGCGUUACACACAGCUACACCCCCGUACAGCUCUCCCAAUUGAAAGCAUAUCACGCAGAUCUAAAAAAGAACCACAUCGACGGGAACUGAGUUGACCCGGGCGAGUUAAACAACUCAGCGUCGCCGGCGAAUUGAAACACAAAAUGGAUCCGGUGCACUCGCCACUUGGCAGAAUGUUAUUGGACGAGAUCACGCCGGUGCUGAUGAUUAUCUCCACUCCACUCGCCGAAGAGACUGCUCAAAAGAAUGGCCUCACUUUCCUCGAGAUGCUCAGUCCCUUCUGUUCGUUUAAUAACAUCGACGUACCUGUGAGGACGGCGAGUGAUCAGCCUUACAGGCUGCGCAAGUUCAAAUUGAGGAUCGUGUAUGCAUCGGAUGUUCGGCAACCUGAUAUUGAGGUUGCAAGGAAGCGGUUAAAACAAGUCAUUACUUCUGCAGGGGAGAUGGAACAAUCAGACUUGUUCUUAGAUCCACCGCCAAUUGAAAGUGUUCUAAACACCUCUCAACCUGAAUGCAUGCCUACAUGGUUUCAAUAUUUUAAUGAAGAGCUUGUACGGACUGUCUCAUUUUCGGACCAUGAAGCUUUUGACCACCCAGUCGCAUGUCUUCUGGUUGUGUCAUCAAAUGAUGAAGAGCCUCUUAGCAGAUUUGCAGACAUGUAUAACACCAACCAAUUGCCCCCAAUGUUUAAUGACGGGUCUAUGGAUCCUAAGAUUUUGAAGCAUUUUUUGUUACUGCAUGAUAAACAAAAUGGAUCAGCAGAGAAAGCAACGAAAGUGUUAACAGGAAUGAGGAGUACAUUUGGGUUACAUGAUUGUCGAUUACUGUGCAUUAACUCCUCUCGAGACGGGUUAGUGGAUCAUCAAGAAAACUUAUGGGCACCAUAUAAGUCUGGUGCUUCAGCUAACCAGCAUCUUGGUGGCUUUCUGAGCUCUGAUGACCUGGAUGAGUUGAGAAAUGCUAUGCAAGAUUUGUCAUCCAAUUUCAUCAUUCCUCAAAUGGAGCAAAGGAUUCGUGUUUUAAAUCAGCAGGUUUCUGCCACAAGGAAAGGUUUUAGGAACCAAAUAAAGAAUUUAUGGUGGAGAAAAGGGAAAGAUGAUGCAGCAGAUAGCUCCAGUGGUUCUAUGUAUACUUUUACCUCCAUUGAAUCACAAAUUAGAGUUUUGGCGGACUUUGCAUUUAUGUUGCAAGAUUAUGAGCUCGCUUUGUCAAAUUAUAGACUACUUUCAACUGACUAUAAGCUUGACAAAGCUUGGAAACAGUAUGCUGGUGUACAGGAAAUGAUGGGACUUACAUACUUUAUGUUGGAUCAGUCCAGAAAGGAAGCCGAGUAUUGUAUGGAAAAUGCGUUUCACACAUAUUUAAGAAUCGGGUCAGCUGGUAUGCGAAAUGCUACACGGUGUGGCCUUUGGUGGGCAGAAAUGUUGAAGACUAGGGACCAGUGUAAAGAUGCUGCCGCUGUGUACUUUCGUAUCUCUGGUGAGGAGCCUCUUCAUUCAGCUGUGAUGCUCGAACAAGCAUCUUAUUGUUACUUGUUUGCUAACCCACCCAUGUUACGGAAGUAUGGAUUUCAUCUCAUACUUUCUGGUGAUCUGUACAAGAAGUGUGAUCAGAUAAAACAUGCAAUCCGAACAUAUCGAGGAGCUCUUUCUGUUUUUAAAGGAACUGAGUGGAGCCAUAUUCGAGAUCAUGUCCAUUUUCAUAUUGGAAAGUGGUAUGCCUUUCUCGAUACAUUUGAUGUAGCAAUUAAAAAUAUGUUGGAAAUAUUAGCCUGUGGUCAUCAAUCCAAGGCAACACAGGAGUUGUUUCUCAAGGACUUCUUUCAAAUUGUACAGAAAACAGGGAAGACUUUUGAGGUCUUGAAGCUUCAGUUACCAGUCAUUGACAUCCCUUCACUAAAGGUUUUCUUUGAAGAUCGUCGCACUUAUGCAUCUCUCGCAGAUGCUAGUGCAAAAGAAAGUUUGUGGCAAUCUUUGGAAGAGGACAUGGUACCAUCGGCAUCAGCAGCAUUAUUAUCUGGUAAUAAGUCUAGCUGGCUUCAAGUUCAAACAAUGGUGCUACCAACAAAGACCAAGGAUACAAAUGUUUGUGUAGCAGGAGAAGCAAUUGCUGUUGAUAUUGGAUUUAGAAACCCGCUUCAAAUAUCUCUUUCUGUCUCUUGCAUUUCACUUAUAUGCGAGCAUUCAUCAAGCUCUGAAGAAGGCGAAAAGGCAGAUGCAAAAAGCUCAACUUCAGAGAUUCAUGACGACAAGGCUCACAAGAUUUCUGUCGCUAACGAGGAGCUGAGUUCGGCUACAACUUUAUUUACUGCAACUGAGGUUGAUGUUUCACUAGGUGGAGGGGAAACAAUUUUGGUGCAGCUCAAGGUUACUCCAAGAGUAGAAGGUGCCCUGAAAAUUGUUGGUGUAAGAUGGAAACUAUCAGGUUCAGUUGUUGGUUUCUAUAAUUUUCAGUCUGAAAUGCCAAAUAAGAAAACUACGAAGGGAAGGAGGAAAGCUAAGCAAUCUCCUUUUGACAACCUUAGUUUUUUAGUGAUUAAGAGUUUACCAAAGCUUGAAAGCUUCAUUCAUCAUCUACCUAAAACAGUCUCUGCUGGAGAUUUACAGCGUCUAACACUAGAAUUGAGAAAUCCUUCAGAGAUACCGGUGAAAAAUAUGAAGAUGAAGAUUAGUCAUCCAAGAUUUUUAAGAGUUGGGAGCCCAGAAGUUCUGGGCAUGGAAUUUCCUGCUUGUCUAGAGAAGAAGGCUAGUAAUGCAAAAUGUGAUGAGGAUGUCAAAAGUAAAGCUUCAGACAAACUAUUUUUUUUCCCCAAGGACACAGAAAUACACUGCAAAACCCCCUUGUUGUGGCCGCUUUGGCUUUGGGCUGCUACUCCUGGAAAAUUUUCCUUCUAUAUGUCAAUAUAUUAUGAGACGGGAGACAUAUCAAGCAUCAUUAAAUAUCGUACGCUACGCAUCCAUCACAUUUUGGAGGUGUUACCAUCAUUGGACGUGUCAUUCCAAAUCAGCCCUUGUCCUUCAAAGUUGCAAGAGUACCUUGUAAGAUUGAACAUUGUCAACCAAACAAGAUUGGAGAGCUUUAAGCUUCAUCAGUUGUCUGCUGUUGGCAAGGAAUGGGAGCUAUCUUUGUUUCAACCUAUUGAUACAAUAUUUCCAACGGGAGUUCUAAUGGCGGGUCAAGCAUUAUCAUGUUUUUUCAAGUUAAAGAACUUACGAACUACCGAAGAUGAGGUCUCUUCUCUGGAAGCUUCAGAAGGUGCUAGCAUGAGAUUGAACCAUGGUAGCAAUGAACCCGUGUUUGACAUGUGUAGUUCACCAUUGUUUGAAUUUCACCGUCAUGAGAGAGUGUGCCAGAGAGCCUAUGAGCAGGAACAACAAACAGUUGACUUCAUAUUAAUCUCCCGACCACAGAGGAGUAAUAACAGUCUAGAACAAACUCAAACCAAUUCAUUCGAUAUAGCUGCACACUAUGCAUGUCAUUGCAGGACGGCAAGCACCAGCCCAGUAUGUUGGCUCAUGGAUGGCCCACGGAUCAUACACCACGAUUUUUCUUCAUCUCUUUGUGAAAUAAAGCUAAAAAUUACCAUUUACAACUCAUCAGAUGUUAGUGUAUCAGUCCGCAUCAGUACCUCUGAUUCUAUUCAGCCUGGUUCAUCGAGCACAUCAAGUUCGGUUCUUUCUGCAAAUGAAGCUGGAUGGCAUGAUUUGUCACUGAUAACUGAAAUGAAAGUUACAUCGAGCAUUUCUGGUUCUGGUUCUGGAAUUCGCAGGCCAACUUCACCAGAGUGCGUGCCCCCUUUUAUUUGGUCAGGGGUAAGUUCCUCAUGCGUAGAGCUUGGACCCAAGUCCACAACUGAAGUUCCACUCUUGAUAUGUGUAUUUUCUCCUGGAAUUCACGAUCUAUCAAAUUAUGCUUUGCACUGGAACUAUAAAGAUGUCAAGGCCGGAGAGAGUGUGUUAUCAGGGACAUGUGAUGGGCAUCCCUACUACUUAACAGUGUUGCAACACGAGUAGGAUAUAGGUCACAGUUUUGGUGUAAUAUCAUUUUUCAUUUUGGAAUUAGCCAUCUUGGUUGUUUAGUUUUGUGGAUGGCAGCUUGUAAAUUAUGGUUAGUUCCAUAAUUCCAUGUAUUUACAUAACAAUAGCAGGUUAGAAACAUUUUUUUAAAAAAAAUAAGGCUACAGGGAAGUAGGUUUAAAUUUUGAAUUAUAGUGUAAAAUGUUGAAUCUUAAAUGAGCAAUGAGCCAAUGAAAUGAUGAAUUAUAAAUUA